UCACGUUGAAGCCCGUGGAUGCUGCAUAUCUCGUAACUUCUAAUGGCGUACUACGAACUUUAUCGCAGGUCCACAUUGGGCAUGACGCUUACAGAUGCCCUCGACGAGAUGGUGACCACUGGGGAGCUGACACCAACUAUAGCGAUGAAAGUUCUGGCACAGUUCGACAAGUUCAUGAACGGGGCAUUGAAAAGUUUGAAAACGAAGUUGUCCUUCAAGGGGGACCUCGAAACAUAUAGGUUUUGCGAUAAUGUAUGGACUUUCAUGUUGAAGAAUGUAACAUUUGAUGUAAGCGGGCCAGGUGGGGACAAAAGAGCAGCUUCUGUUGAUCGUCUUAAAAUCGUUGCAUGCGAUGGGAAGGCAGUUCUUGGUGUCUGAUGAUCAGAAAAAAUUGACGACGCUUGAGGACCUCAAGAGAGCUUGGCCGAGAACAUCGAGGUCGCCUGCCAUAUGUGAAACUAACUUUUUUCCGGGCCAUUUAGUUGAAUUGUCAUACUAAGCCACGCUCUCGCACAAGGUGAUUUAGGAAACUAGAGAUCAUCAUAUCUUUCGGCUGCAAGCCCAAAAAUGUCGAAUGUUGACACACAUCGAUGAUAUUA